UACGAUGUUCAACGACGCCAACGACGCUAUGAUCAAGAAGCCCCCGCUGGGUCCGUCGGAGAGCCUCCUAAUCCGUCGGCGAGGUAAAGCCGUCCCGGCGCCGCUCGACCUCGCGCCCGUCGUCGGCGCCCAGGAGAGGGAGUACACCAGCCUCCGCGACGUCAUCGUUGGCGGUCCGCCGCAGUCUGCCUCCGUGCUCGCCUCUCCCGUCGCCACGCCCGGCGCCGGCGAGAUCCGGAUGAAGAACCGCCUCGUCCAGCAGGCGGCGCAGGCGUACCUUCAGCCGACUCCUACGGCCGCCAGCCAGCGUCCCCGCCGUGGACUCCUCCUCUCCUCCGACGGAGAAUCCUGCGGCGAGCACCUACGCCACUGCCUCCGGUUCUUCGCCGGCAUCUGCCGGUCGGUCUGGCAAUUCUUUUGCCCGUUUGAAUCCAGUAGAUUUCUCCUCAUUCAUAUCAGAUGCUGAUAAAUUCAACUAAAACAAAAGACCGGCCUCAACUUUAAAUUUUUUUUUGGCUAAUGUAUCUUCAUACACAUGUUUUUAUGUAUUUCCACCGAAUAUGUAGCAAAACUCACGCUGCAACUAGACCUGACUAGGCCGGGUCUCGACUCCAAACCGGAUCCCACCCGGACUGGUAAUCGGGUCCAUAGGACAGAACGGUAACCAGCUUGGCUGGCUGUUAAACCCGGUACUUUUUGUUUUUGUUUUGUGAAUGUUCGGUUCUGAA